UGAGUUCUGUAGAGCCUAUAUUCAGAUUAUCUCUAAGAGUGCUGCACAGAAUUAUAUGUGUUUACCUGAUGCUGCAUAUCAAAAAGAUAUCAAAACAAUAAAUCACAAAAUAGAAGAUCAGAUGUUCCCAUCAGAAUCCAAACGAGAGGAAGAUGAAGAAUAUUCUUGGGAUUCUGGGAGUCUCUUUGAGAGUUCUGCAAAGACUCAAGUGUGUAUACCUGAGUCUAUAUAUCAGAAAGUAAUGGAGAUAAAUAGAGAAGUAGAAGAGCUUCCUGAGAAGCCAUCUGCCUUCAAGCCUGCCAUUGAAAUGCAAAAGACUGUUCCAAAUAAAGCCUUUGAAUUGAAGAAUGAACAAACAUUGAGAGCAGCUCAGAUGUUCCCAUCAGAAUCCAAACAAAAGGACGAUGAAGAAAAUUCUUGGGAUUCUGAGAGUCCCUGUGAGACUGUUUCACAGAAGGAUGUGUAUUUACCCAAAGCUACACAUCAAAAAGUAUUCGAUACCUUAAAUGGAAAAUUAGAAGUGAGCUCCAGUGUUGCAGGUAUCCACUUAAAACACCGAGUGAUGCUCAUCAUCCCCACAGGAGCAGUUUGUCUCGCCGGUAAAUCCUGCUUCACAGUGAAAAGUGAUCUCUCAUGAUUCCCAGAAAUGGACUCUUACCAUGAGUGAAAUCACAUGGUUGAACUGGAAGGUUCCUGUCACAUUUCCAGGGUAGACGGCGACCAUGCAUGGCUUUUCAUGGAAUUCUGGGAAGGAAGAAUAUAAUUAAUUGUUUGGUGUAUUGGCGAGUUAACGACUUUAUAUCACUACCAUAUUAGUUGCCAAUCAUUCAAGUGAUGACAAGAUAGACAUCUGUGAACUUUAUUUUAAAAAUUCAAAUAUUUGCUUGAUUUAACUACUUAAAAGUUGUUGUACAAUUGCCCAGCAAUAGACAUAUUUUACAAAAAUUGAGAUGAAAAUGUUGCAAGUACAACAGCAAUUAACGAUGUACUCUUACGUAAGAAAAUGACAAAACUUUUAACUUAAAAACAUAAAUUAAGCUUUUAUAGUGUCACAGGUGUAUUUAAUUCAUAAAAAUUAUUUAUCUUAGACUCCUUUAAAUAAUAAACAACUAUUUGUGAUUAAAUGUUAAGGUACCAAUCAUUUACAUAAGAUUAGAAGUGGAAAGCUUUACAAGUGUUGUGAACAACAGCCAUAUUAACAUCAAUUAGAAAGUAAGCCAAAGCAUCUCUAAGUUUACCUCUAGUUAUUAGGCAAUAACAUUCAAUUUCUAAAACCUAACAAAUACAGCUUUUAAAGGAUUUAAAUGCAUCCUUUUACUUACAGUUAUUGAAUAGAAUUAGCAAAUGGGUCGCUCCUGAAAAUGAGAGCUCCAGGGACUUAAACUGUAAAAUUAUUUCCUCCCUUUAUUGACACAGAUAAUUAUGACCUUUACUUAACUAUUGUGAGGCAAUUAAGCAACACAAUGUAUUUCACUAAAUAAACUGCAAGAAUUACACCAGAAAUCUGAAAACUAAAGAAAAAAAGAUUAUAUAGCUAACCUUAAACAAGUAGUCAUCUACACUGUUAUUUGAAGUUCAUGAGCAUGAGGUAGGGAUCCUUAGAUUUUUCUCUUGGAAUAUGAUUUCUGUUGAGAUCUAAACCAUUAUUAACAUUUCACAUACAAGGUGACUCUAGAACUGGCCUUGUACUAUGAGCAGUGGAUAAAGAUCUGGUCUUCUCUCUCUACAUCAGAGGCUUGGUCGCCUCUACUACCCUCUCGUGAGUUCUGUGAAGAGUACAAGAGACGAAUGCUUAGUAUUUCAUUUUUUUCCUAAAUAAUUCCUCCAUAAUUUGCAUUUUUGAUGACAUUCCCAGCAACAGUGUUUUAACUAUGAAAAUAGGUCAGAGCAUGACUACUGUAUACAAUUAUAGUUUUGAAGUUGUCCUAAAGAAUUACAUAUACUUCUAGGGGGAUUUCUAACAAAUAAGUAAUUCAAAAAAGUAGGGAGUGGGGAGAAAUGACUAUCGAUGAUAUAUGGCUUAACAGAUAACACUUGCUGCCUUCUGGUUCUGAGAAUGCCAUUAGAAAUACUGAUAUAUAAAGAAGAACUAUGUGAGAUGAUGAAUAUGUUAAUUUGCUUGACUAUAACCACUUCACUGUGUAUAAAUGUAUCAAAAUAUCAUGUUGUAUUCCUUAAAUAUAUGC